CACAUUCUUACAUCUACCCUCACUCGAAGGCAAGUGAAUAAAGGAAAGAAGCAGGACCCAAGGGCUUGGCUCUUUUGCUCCUCCGAUCAUGGCGGAAUCCUCUGUAGCCGACGGUUUGCUAGCCUUCUGGCAUCUUUACCGUCUUCCUCUUCUUCUCGCUCUCGUCGCCGCAUUUACUUUCCUUCGCGCUUAUCGUACGCUGCAACCCAGGCACAAAACUGCCACGGCUUCGUCCAUCCCAUCGUCCCCUCGAAGCCAGUCUCCCGAGAAGAAUGAAAAGAUCGCGGUCGCAUAUGACGAGGAAGCCACUAAAAAUGGAGAAACGAACGCCAAACUUAUCGUCGAGGAAGAAACGUCGCCAAAGGCUACAGCGGGUCCUAAGAGAGUUUCGGGCAAGAAACCUUUGAAGGUCGCUGGCCGACGUGCAGGUUCCGACCAGGAAACGCCUUUGUCAUUCAUUCAGCCCAUUAUUUUCUAUGCCUCUUUGACCGGUACAACCGAAAGGUAUGCGCAGGUCUUGCUAGAGGACUUGCGUGCCGCCGCCCAAGAACGAGCCGAUCCUGAUAACCGCGAGCGGGGCAUUCUUCCCCCUCAGAUCCAUGAUCUCUCAUAUGUCGACUUCGAUGAUUACUUCGCCACUGCACCCAAGCCUCCGUCCACUUCACCUGGAACACGCUACGUUUACUGCUUGCUCAUCCCGUCGUACAACAUCGACACUGUUCUGAACACUUUCCUCGGCCACCUUGAUGAAACCCACAAUGACUUCCGCAUUGAUACUGCGCCUCUCUCGAGUCUGGCUGGUUACUGCGUUUUUGGAUUCGGCGACAAGGAAGGGUGGCCGACUGAGGAGGAAGGGUACUGCUCCCAAGCCAAGGAACUCGAUCGGUGGAUGGCAAAGCUUACAGGAAGAAAGCGGGCGUACCCUCUCGGAUUUGGCGAUGUUAAGAGUGACGCGGAGGCGGCCCUGAAAGAGUGGUCGCAUGGUCUUCAGGAUAUCUUGGGUGACAUUUUAGCGAAUGGUGGAUUGGGCGAAGGUGUUCCUGGCAGCGGUGACCCGCUUGAAAGCGACGAGGAGGAACUGGACGAAGAAGGCUCGGAUGGCAACAACCGGAAAACUAACCGCAAACGUAACAAGGCCCAAGAUGUGGUUGAUCUGGAGGAUAUCAAGUUCAGCGCUGAUAGCCAGAGCGGUUCGGGAGCCCCUGUUCCCGUUGACUUCACCACUGCCGGCACUUCGUCCGCCCUCGCUCCCCAAGCCAGUGAGAAGGAAAUGGUUCCGAAGACAUCGCCCACUUACGCAGCUCUUACGAAACAAGGUUAUACCAUUGUUGGUUCUCACUCGGGCGUCAAGAUCUGUCGCUGGACCAAGUCAGCCCUGCGUGGCCGUGGCUCGUGUUACAAAUUCUCGUUCUAUGGAAUCCGUUCGCAUCUUUGCAUGGAGGCAACCCCGUCCCUCUCUUGCAGCAACAAGUGUAUUUUCUGCUGGAGACAUGGCACUAACCCGGUUGGUACUACUUGGCGGUGGAAGGUUGAUUCCCCUGAAUUGAUCUUCAAUGGUAUCAAGGAAGGUCAUUACAAGAAGAUCAAGAUGAUGCGUGGUGUCCCUGGUGUGCGUGCUGAGCGAUUUGCGGAAGCAAUGCGCAUCCGCCACUGCGCUCUCAGCUUGGUGGGCGAACCCAUUUUCUACCCGCAUAUUAAUUCUUUCCUUUCGAUGCUUCAUAGCGAACAUAUCUCCAGCUUCCUUGUCUGCAAUGCUCAACACCCGGAUCAACUCGAGACUCUUUCGCGUGUGACGCAAUUGUACGUCUCCAUCGAUGCGAGCAACCGGGAGAGUCUAAGGAAAAUUGAUCGUCCUCUUCAUCGCGAUUUCUGGGAGCGUUUCCAGCGUUGCCUAGACAUUCUUCGAGAGAAACGCCACAUGCAGCGCACUGUCUUCCGUCUUACGCUGGUCAAGGGCUUUAACGUGGACGACGAGGUCAUUGGGUAUGCGAACCUGGUCGAGAAAGCACUACCUUGUUUCAUCGAAAUCAAGGGUGUCACUUACUGUGGUACGAGCACUAGUGCGGGGGCUGGAUUGACCAUGCAGAACGUGCCAUUCUACGAAGAAAUCCAGGAAUUCGUCACCUCUCUCAACGCGGAGCUUGAGCGUCGUGGACUGAAGUACGGCAUUGCUGCAGAGCACGCCCAUAGCUGCUGUGCACUCAUCGCAUCCGAGCGAUUCUACGUGAACGGAAAGUGGCACUCCCGGAUUGACUACGAUCGAUUCUUCGAGCUUCUGGAAAAGGAAAAGGCUGACGGCACCCCCUUUAAACCCGAAGACUAUAUGAAGGAAACGUUGGAUUGGGCAUUGUGGGGCAAUGGUGGCUUUGACCCCAACGAUGAACGUGUCUACAAAAAAGGCAAGAAGAAGGGUCUUCAAGCUGCAGCGUCAGCCCAGGACUGAAUGUAUUCGUGUCCUCCCAUAACCAAGUCUUCACCGCCUCGAUGGGCGCGUUAGAAGCUCCCUGAUGGCCGACCCGGUACAGCAGGCUGAUGACAUACACUUCGAUAUUCGAUCUUGCGGACGAACAAGGGAUACGAUGUCAUGCCGUUUUGUUCAAAUCUCAGUGGAUCUAUUCGGCCAUAGCUGGUGAAAGCUCAGCUUGCCAAGGCCAGCUACCACUUCAGGCGACAUUCACAGAUAGGGGCCUCUCUUUCCCUUAGGGCCUUACACAAGCCGAUAUGACAGUCUCAACCUGACCGUCAUUCUCGGACAACACAAAAUACUCCAGCAAAAGUCAGCUGAUGUGCAAGUCACAAGGCUAGUUGAUUUCUUUUCUAUGAUUCAUGUAUCUAGUUGGAGAACCACGACAAAAUUCAGUCAAAAUUUGACAAUCA